GAGUUUUUAGUUCCUGAUUAAAUAGACAAAGCUUGCCGAUCUCCAGAUUGAAAACGUCCCAAUUUCGAGAAUUUUCGUAAAUAAAAUAGUAGUUGAAUAAAUAAAAAGAAAGUUGAAAAAAUAAAAAAUAAAGUUAAAAAACUGUUAAGAGUCCUGAAAAAUGAAAAUAAUAAAUUAUUCGCCUAUUACCGAACGGAAGAAUUAAACAAAACAACUGUUGUUAUCUGGUUGAAAGAAUCAAUUCAUUAUUAGAAAUCAAGAACUGUUGUUUACAAACGUUUGGCGUUUUCUCUCCCACUCCUAGCGGUACUGAUGUUUUGUUCAGUGGCGACUCGAAUAUUCCAUGAUGCAGGUCUGCCGAACGUUUCCUCUCUUGGCAUUUUUCUGGCUAACCGAGCUCGGUUUGUGCUCGGCAAGCAACAUUUUGGUUAUAUCCACUGUAGCCUCCCACAGUCACAGCAUUUGGUGUAAUAAACUGGCAGAACUGUUGGUCAACAGAGGGCAUACGGUCACUAUUCUGGACACGGAUCCUCCAAGAAAGAAGCUGGUGAACUUGACGACUUACACCCUUGAAGGGGCUUACACAUACCAUGAAGAAUUGGAUUACGUAGAAUUAUCAGUAUUGGAUUCUCCUAAAUAUGCCAUGGAUUUCCUUCAUGAAGUUGGCUUAGUAAGCUGUAGGAAUAUGUUAUUGUCUUCAACGUUUAAACGUUUUCUAUCCGAACACUCGAAUGAAAAGAAACCAUUCGAUUUGAUUGUCCAUGACAUAUACUGCGACUGCUUCUUGGGACUUGUGCCCUAUCUAGGGAACCCGAAGCUUGUUUUACUGACGGUGUUUGGUGAAUUACAGGUCCUCAACAUGAAGGGCAGCCAAGGCCAUAUGGUGCACUCUCCAUUGCAGCUUACCCAUUUCAGUCAUCCGAUGAGUUUCGACGAGAAACUCAAGAACCUAUUCUAUACCCUCUACAAUUAUUAUAUCUUUCACAAAUAUGAGAAUUUGAUAGACGGUUAUUCCAAAGAGGUAUUUGGACAAUCGACCCCUCAUGUCCUGGAGAUUGGUAAGUCAGCAGCCGUGGCACUCGUCAAUGCACAUCCUAUUCUUGAUGGUGCCAAGUACUACAGUCCUGCAAUCGUCCAUAUUCCAGGAUUUCACAUCGAUGAACCCAAAAAACUAGACGCGGAAAUACAGGCUUUUCUGGAUGAGGCAAAACAUGGAGCUAUUUAUUUUAGUCUUGGUACAAAUCUCCAGAGUUCGUUGAUGUCGGAAGACAGGAUUAAUAUUUUUCUGAAUACUUUUAAGAAGUUGAAACAAAGAGUUUUAUGGAAAUUUGAGGAUAAAAAUAUCAAAAAUAUACCAGACAAUGUCAAAAUAUCCAAAUGGUUCUCUCAAAAUGAUAUAUUAGCUCAUCCAAACUUAAAGCUCUUCAUUACACAUAAUGGGCUAUUAAGCACUCAGGAAGCAAUAUAUUAUGGUAUCCCGAUGAUCUCAAUGCCAUUUUUUGUGGAUCAACACUUCAUAUCCAAAAAAUUAACGAAAAAAGGUAUUGCUGUUGCAUUGUCGUACGCAACAUUGUCGGAACAUUCAGUUCAGCAAGCUAUUGAAGAAGUUCUCACAAAUAAUAGUUAUACUAAAGAAAUAAAAAGAUGGUCAAAAAUAUUUAAAGAUCUGCCCACAAAACCAAAGGAAUUGGCAGCUUAUUGGAUAGAACAUGUGCUGAAAAAUGAGGAUCACAAAUAUCUUCAACCUCCAGAAACCUUCUUAAGCACAUUUGAACUAAUAUUUUUUGACUUAAAAACUAUCCUGGGAACUAUCUUGGGAUUAGUCAUUGCUUUCUUGGCUUGCUCAUGCAGCAACAAGAAACAGAUAAAGCUUAAACAAAACUAAUUUAAUCUUAAUAUUUAAUUUUUUAUGUACGUUAAAAAAUUGUAUUUUAUAGAAAAGGGUUUUAAUAAUAUACUACAGUUAAAGAUUUCAGGAAACUGUUAAUAAUUAUUAACCCUCUUAAGACUUGUUGCGAUGUUUUUGAUUUUUAUUACACCUGUAAAAAUGCAUUUUACUUUGUAUUGAUCUUGAAUUAUUAAAAAUAGUAUAAUGGAUUUACUUAAAUACAUAACAAUGUUUCAAUUAUAUUAAAACGUUUUUAGUGAUUGUGUAAUAUUUUAUUUUUCUAUUUUUUCCUACAUUGUAAUUUUUUUUUUCUGCUUACAUUAUAUUGCAAAAAGAAUCAUACAAUCUAAACAACAGAAUAAAUGUAAAUUACAAUUAUACAAUUUGAGCAACGGGUAGUACAAUUAAAUGAACAGAUGUUUGUAAAAUAGAGCUUGGUCCGUCUUUAGGCGGAGAGGGUAUAAAGCCCUUCUCGUUAUUAAUAAAAAUCUCUUAUUAUAUACAAAUUUAUUUUUAAAUUCCCUUUACAGUUUUAUUCUUUAACCAGUCUAUCUAAAAAAAAAUUGGUGUGCGCAACACACAACUUUCACUUACCGCUCUACUUUGAAUAGAAAUUAUUUUCUGCAAUGUUUCUUACUAAAUGUAAACUUUUAAAUUUGUUUCUAAUUGUUACUUUGAAAAAAAAAAGUAUUUAAAAUCCACCGAAUCGAGCCAAUGCCAUUGUUUAAAAUACUAUUUCAUUGUAAUUUUUUGAAAGAAGAAGUGAAAUAUAAAAAUAUUUUAUUGAUAUUUUUGUAAUCUUAAAUAUAUUUACUGUUUAUAUAUUAUUAUUAUAUAUAUGUUUGUUUAAUAACUCUGGAGAUAAUAUUAUAUUUAAAUAAUUAGGUAUCUAUUGGCAGUUUAUUCCAAAAAAUCAUCAAGUAACCUUUUAGAUCAUUAAAUUAGCGAGUAAUUUGAUAAAUUUCUCCUUUAUGUAAUCCCAACAUUAUCCAGUUAAUUAGUUUGACAACUUUUGACCUAUCCAUUGCGAGAAACUGUCGUUUAUAUGAGCUUUUCAUUUGACAGAAUGACUAAAUCCAAGAUCAACAUUUUUUAUUAUUAACUUUAGUGAUAUUUCUUGUGGGAAACCUUUAUUCAAAGUUCUAUAUUUCAACACUGCAAUCACUCGUCUUAAUGAUUUGUUAUCUGUAAGCUUUAAUCUUUAGCUACGUUAAAAUGCACUUUAAAAAUUUUAUAAUAGCCCAACAUUGAUAGAAAAUAAUUUCUAUUCAAUGUAGAGCGGUAAAUGAAAGAUGUGUGCUGAACGCACCAGACCUUUUUAUUAAGAAUAAAUGAUUAUCUGCUGAAACCGGUUUAGGACUCGUUUCCAGGACAUAGCAGCAAAGUGUCUGAAUUAAAAAAAGUUAAUUUUUUUUUUCAAACAUUUUCCUGUUUGAAACAUCAAAAAGAAUGUAAUGGGGAAAUAUUGUGUGCUUAAAAAUCUUAAAAUAUAAUAAUAAUAAUAAUAAUAAAAUAUUAAAAUAAGUUCCUAAACUCACCACUGAAUUCAUCGAGGACAUCUUUUCGCCCAGUUUAGAACAAUGCGUUUAGCGCUGCCGACGAUAUAAUUCUUAUAGCGGACUCACAAGAGACUCUACAGACAUCAUUGGUUGAGUGGGAAGAAGAAUUUAAGCUGCGAGGGCUGCAUAUAAAUCCGUCUAAGAGCAAGGUUAUGUGCGUGGGAAAAGACAAUGCGGAGCCUAUGAUGUUAAGUAAUGGCGAACCCCUAGAGGUAACAAAUGCAUACACGUAUCUGGGGACAAUCAUCAAUGAAGAUGGUAAAAUAGACCAGGAGGUACUAAAUCGGGUGAUGAAGGCCAAUGGGAUAUAUUACCAGAUAGCCAAUACAAUCAUACGAAAACGGGAAGUAAGCAGAAAGGCCAAACUCACGAUAUAUAAGGGGGUGUUCCUCCCAGUACUUCUUUAUGGAUCUGAAAGCUGGACAACCCUCUAUAAGCAAGUAGGCAGGAUCACAGCAGCGGAAAUGAGAUUCUUCCGAAGAAUAGCUGGCAGAACUAAGAGGGACUGUGUUAGAAAUGACAGAAUCCGUGAGGAAUUGGAGGUGAGAUUAAUCCGUGGCAUCCUGGAAGAGAAGCAGUUGAAAUGUUUCGGGCACAUCUACAGAAUGGACGACACCCGAAGGGUCAGGUGGUUUAUGGAAGCCAGACCGGAAGGCAGACGACCUCGUGGCAGGCCGAGACACACUUACCAUGAUUAUAUUGGAAAACUGGGCACAGUAAGAAGACGCACCAUACCGGAGAUGAGAAGGCUAGCCAGGGACAGAGACCAGUGGGCAAGAUGGGCUGGGACUGCAGCUCCACGCUUAACGGCACAAAGGAG